AUGUGGAACUGGCUAGUAAACCUUACUGUGCUUGUUCAGUUGACAGCAUCAAUUGAACCUUUCCAUGAAGUCGCACUAAAAUGUGAAUCAACAAGUGAAAUAAAUAAUGAGGAUAUUGCGUAUAUUGCAUGCUCUAUGGAGAAUGUGACGUCAUCAAGUAAUCAAGUGACUGUGACAUCAAUGAAUUUGAGCAUGGAUGAGUUAAAGAAGCUGAAUAUGUCAAUUUACAUCGAUAUUGUUGGAAAUGGAAAUUAUCCAGAAUAUUUUCCUAAAAAUUUGGGUAAAAUUAUUAACGGAACUGGUGGAUUUACCUACAAAAAUACACCAUUAAAGUACAUAAGUCGAGCUGAUUUUAAAGACUUUGCACCAGAUUUGUACUUGAUUAUCUUGGAAGACAAUAAAAUUGAGGAAAUUCCAUUCGACACUUUUUAUGACUUGCCUGAUUUAAUUUAUUUGGACGUCAGAGAUAACAAAUUGACAAGUUUGGCACCAAAUAUGUUCGCCAAUUCACCAGCAUUCCAUACUUUAAUCAUUGAGUCAAAUGAAAUUACUGAGCUGCAUCCAGAUUUAUUCAAAAACUGCCCAGAAUUUUAUGUCCUGUACGCUGAGUUCAACAAAAUUGAGGAGUUCCAUGAAAGCUUAUUCAUAAACAAUCCAAACAUGACAGUCAUCUCGAUGAGGCACAACAAGAUCCAAAACAUCCCGAUUGACUUUACAAAAUUCAAGCACCUUGAUGUUGCUGACUUUACACAUAAUGGAGGGACUUGUGAUACAAUGUACUUCAGUUUCGAGCCUUACGAUGAGCAUUAUGAUAAGAACGAGCAGAAGAAGUGGAUCAAGACUGUGCCUGAGUUUCAGCAGAAGAUUGAGGAAGUUUGUCGGGCUUAAGAAAUGAAAUUUUGCAUAGUUUAUAUUUGAGUAUGUAAAAGAAGAAAAAUUAGCAAAUAAAAUGAGUUUGAAUUGAGUAUGUGAGAAUUUAGAACAUAA